AUGAUCAAGAUCAGAGCAUUCACCAAGAAGCUGUCUGGUGGGUUCGACAGCCCUAAGGCGCACAAGAAACGGUCGGUAUCCGAGUAUGACAAGAAGCAUGAAAGCUCGAGAUCGGCCAGAUCCAGCAUGCGGAGAAGAGCAAUUUCUUCGACUCAAAACAUCAAAACAGAGCUUCCACCACUGCCCACACAGGAAUACACGCUGUCGACAGCCAGCACAGCGUCGCAGGAUGACACGCUAGGGUCGCCGGCACGUGCGUCGCGUUCCGGAAAGCACUACAUUUACGACCAGGAGGCGUACAAGAAGGCGAGUAGCGCACUGGCCAAGCCCGACCCCAACUACAGCAUUUUGAACAAGAAAAACGGCAUCAAUCCAACAUCCGCGAAAGACGUAAUGCACUACCUGGUGCUGCAUUUCAAGCAUACCCUCAUACAGCAGACAACCGGCGAGUCAGACAAGAAAAUGGAUAGCAUCAAAGCGGCAAUGGAGAUUUUUCGGCCCAAUUUGUCGCACUACGUGUCACACGAGGUCGGAGAGACUAUACAUAUCCUGGAGUCCUUUUUUCCUCUUGAUGGGUGCUCGCUGACUGGCGAUGCACUGAAAAAAGAGAUAAAUGAGCAAAUUGGCACCUCCAAGCAUAAACUGAUUUUGGCACUCCGGAUCAUAUGGUCCAAGCUCCCCCUAGGGGUUGUUCCGUGGGAAUCCUAUCUCAAGUUCUGCACUGUGGAGUCCAAGCAAAACUUUUCAAAGAUGUGCUUUGAGAACUUCCUGCCCCAAGUUCUUCCUGACAAUGACUACAAGUGCUGUGCAUUUGAUUUCAUGGACGUGCUCGUCUCAAUUAUAUCCAUGGUGGACUUGGUGGUGGACAAAGCCGCCCAGAUGGACUUGCUGUUUACUGCAGGUCAGGUCUGUUUUGUGAAGACACCCGAACUUCUGAAUUACAUCGAUCAUAAGGACAGCGAAAACGCGGAUUGCAUCACUCUAGCCAAGCUGUACCGUGCCCGGGGUGAGGCUCUGUACCGUCUUUUCGUGUCCUACCUUAACUCCCUUGCCGAGGAAGGCAAAAUAAAGAACUUCUACCUUAUAGACAACUUCCGCAUAGAUGAAUACCCUCCAAAGCCUUACAGGCCCGUCACUCAACGCGCCCUCACGCUCACUAUCCCACAGCUAUGGGACCCAGAAGAAAAUAAUUUUAAUGAGCUCAUACGAGUUGCGGCAAAGACGCAGAUCAGAACAUACUCUUCCAAUCAUCCGUUUUCCAAGCUGGAAAACUCUUUUCUCGACAAAUUUGAGGAGAACCCUUACAAAAUAGUGAGUACAUUGUUCUCUCGGUCCUCGAAGCGCUAUCUUUACAAAUUUGAUCCUCAUUUCGAUGCAGAGUAUUUUAAGCCACUGAGUAAGAAGUACGGCACCCCUUCCACGCUUGGUCCUGGUGACCAGCAGGCCGUGGCAACCUGGAUAAACUCAUGCAAAGAACGAGGUUUCAACGACUUUCUAUCAGUUCUUGACGACAACAACCAUGGCGAAGGCACUCUAGCCCUAGGGUUCAGUUUCCCUAAAGUCAGCCAGGAAGAGUCGGAAUCUCUUCCCCCAGUUCGCGUUUCCAAGGUAGAAAUUUCUGAGUGCUUCAUUUCGUCUUGGAAAUAUGAGACAUUUCUAGCUAAAGUGCACAACACUUUAGUUAUAAAGCUGACAAAACGCAUCGGCGAUUGCGAGUGGUUGGUCAUAGCGAUGGAUGAAAGAGUUGGCAAUUUCGGGUAUGUGGCCCCAAGCAAGCCUAAUGAGUCGGCCAAGGAACGCGACUGGUCUACGUUAAGCACGCCUCCUCUACCAUCUAAAAACCCUGCGAGCUACCAUUCUGCGUCUGACAGCAUGUCUUCAGUCAAAACAAGACCUCCUCCUCCUAGUCUUCUGGGCGAACCAUCUUCAUCGCCUUUGCUGGACUCUGCGACUGGUGUAUUCUCGGAUCGCUCAAGUGUCAGACUUUCAUCGAGGCCUACGUCAGAUCUAACCUCUGUCUACUCGAAUGUGAGACAUCACACCAAGAAUAAUAGCUCAUUCGACCAACGUAAAUUCAGUGCAUUUGAUGUUCAUGAGUCGCCUCUUCAGCACUCCUCCCCCCGUCUAUCAAGUCAAUCGGAGCAUGUAACCAAGGUCGGGAGCCAUUCAUCGAAGGUAUCUUCAAGAGUAAUUUCCGUUAGCAGCCCGCUUUCUGAAGUUCGCGACGAUGAGGAAACUCAACCUCUUAGAACUGAAAAGAAGGAAGCGACGGAAACCCCCUCAGUUCAGCACAAGUCGCACUCGAACAAAAACGACGCGAAUGAGAGCCAGCUACAACAGCCGAAGACUGGUGCCGAAGCUGCUGCAAAGCCAGAAAUCUCGAGAGGCUUAGAGAGCCCCUUGAAGCUUGACAGAGUGCCAGCAAGCCAAGGCACGGCGAAAGUCGAGAACUCUGCAAGGGUCGAAGAGCCGCUGAAGUCCGAACAAACAGAGAAGGUUGGCCAGCAUGCGGAGGCUGAAAAAUGCGCGGAAGCCAAAACUCCUGUCAAUGCCGAAAACCCUGUUAAGGUUGAGGAACCCUUGAAGGCUGAGGAAUCCUUGAAGUUCGAGAAGCCUGAGGAGACUGAAGAACCUGAGAAGACCGAAAAACCUGAGAAGACCGGGGAGGCUUUGAAGGCCAACAAGCCCUUAAAAACCGAGGAACCUUUAAAGGCCGAGGAGCCUGUGAAGGCUAAAGAAGUUGUCGAGAACGAGGAGCCUGUGAAGGCUACCGGGGACGAGAAAUUUGUCAAGGCCGAGGAGCCCUCCAAGCUUGAAAAGCCUUAUGAGGUGGGAAGGUCUGCGGAGAUCAAUGAAUCUGUGAAGACCGAAGAACAACCUAAGAUCGAAGAGCAUGCGAAGGCCGAAGAACCGGUUAGAGGUGAAGAGCUUUUGAAGGCGAAAGAAUUUUCUAAGGUCAAACAAUUGGCUCAGCUUGACGAUGAACCGAAAGUUGAGACUACGAUAAAGAGUAACGACAUCAACGAAAACACAGUGCCAUUGUGCGGGCAGAGCCCAACUGAAAAGGAGGAAACGGUUCAAUCCAGUAGUCCUGAUGAGAACGUUGAAGCGAAAAAUGCUUUGGCAGAAUCAGCAGCCAACAGGACCCUUCAUGCAGAAGAAAAUUAUAGCCUUUCGAAAAACGGAAAGAACUUGACACAGCUGAGGCUAAGCAAAGGUUCCACUGACUCUGACAGUAGUGGAGAAACAUCUUCAGAUCAGGAAAUAUCCUCUCUGGAAUCAGCAGUUGAAGUACCCGAAGUCCAUGGCCAGAAGCCAGGCUUCGGUCAUUCCUCGGAGACGCUGACUAUCGGUGACAACCUCGCAAAGAAUGAAAGGAAACAAAAGGGCCUUUCCGAAUCCACGCAGACCACAAUUGACUGGGCUCAGCAGAGCGAACCAUCUGACAGCGCCAAAAAGCCCGAGUCUGAGUCGAAGGCCGAUAGUAAGGCCGAAGUCACCCUACAGUCCCCGCUAGCCAUCAAACUCAAGUACGAGGAUAGCUCUCUCUCCGUUUCGACACCUGUCAAUGCUCUGCCACCAAACGGCCUGCCACAGCUGCCAAUGAAGGUGCAGAACCCUUCUGUGGCAUCUUUCGCAGAUGCUACGGUUAAACCGGAUUCCGCAGAAUCGACGAUGGACACCAGCGAAACAACCCAGGUUCAAGAAGAGCCCAAGGCGAAAGCCAAGGCUGCCACAAAAAAUCCUGAGCCAUACUCCGGCUCCAUACAGAAGAGAAACUCGCGCGUCGUCGAGGAGCUACGCAAGAGCAAGAUCCUUUCGAAUGACGUUUUGACGGAAGACCUACUGAGCGAUCUCCUCGAGAACUACGAUACCCUCAGCACGGAGCCCAUAAACUCCGAAAACGGGCCCACAGUGUUCGAGAGGGUCCGCGUGUACUUUGAGCGGCAGGCCGCGAACGCGGAGGAGGCGUUCUCGGGCAGCACCGACGGAGACAGCCCUGCGACUCGCGAGUCGCACACAGAGUCGCUAAACUCAAAGAACGGGACCUGGUUCAGCUGCAACGUGACACCGCCCAACCGCUCUGGCAAGAGGGUGAAGAAUCCUAAGAACCUGCAACUGCACGGAACAGAGCGGGCCGCGGGCGGGCCCGACGGGUCUGGCGCGCUGAGCCGUACGCCGAGCGUCGCAGGUCGCGGUUUGGAGAAGAACGGCGUGUGGCUGGAGCUGGAGGACCACCCAUCGUCGCCGGCGGAGAUGUCGAGUCCCACACAGGCUAUGUUCCGUCACAUGAUGAUGAAAACCAAGCGGAGCCUGCGUAGCCUGAAAAAGAGCAGCGACGCAGCCUAG